AUUUUUUCAUUGCAGCAAUUUACAGAAUAAUUGAAUGCAUGCGCAAAAAUACAGACAAGGCGAUGUCGCUCUUAUAAAACUCAAAUGUUUCUGAUUACUUUCCUUCAUUGUUUCUUUUUGCAGAUAACCACAGGCGUGGGAUGUAUUUGCAGAUGAACAUGGAUGGGAGAGUCACAGGAAGUGAUGCUCAGACACCUUACAGUUUGAUGCAGCUGAAAUCAGUUAAACCAGGCCAUGUAAUCAUUAAAGGACCAUCAUCAUCUCUUUUUCUCUGUGUGGACAGCGAAGGCAAUCUGAGAGGGCAGAGUCACUACUCAGAAACCAGCUGCACCUUCAGAGAAAUGCUGCUGGCUGACGGAUACACCCGUUUCAUUUCCUCACAAUAUGGAUUUCCCAUGUCACUGGCAUCAAGACAUUCCCCAGAUCGACACGCGCUUCCCUUUACGCGGUUCCUACCACUGAGGAAUAACUUGAAAACGGAUAGCGUAUCAGAGCAGCUGCCAAACAAUCAGAGACUCUUCAACGUGGACUCUGAUGACCUUCUUGGAAUGGGUCUAAAUUCUAUGGGCAGUCCUCAGUUUUCUAUGGACAAAUAAAAGGAUGAACUGCACAGACUUCUCACAGAUUGGCACCUUUAUAUCUCUUUAGGCUCAGCCUGUAAACUUGAUUUAGUUUUGAAAUGAGUAGCUUUCUGUUAUUUGUUCUCAACAUGUUUUUGUGGAGGCAAUACUAAUGUAAGUUAUUUAUUUAUUACUAUGUAUUGUGCAUUUCAAAUGGUUAUUUAUUAAUUUUUUUAAUUUCAAUAACUGUAACUGUACUUUAAAAUCAUGUUUGUAACAAUCUGUUGAUUUUGACAUGUGAGGUCUCUGAAGUUUCCCUAACCCAGAUCUGCUGGGGAAGCCUAAGAGGUUUCUGUUUGUACAACUCAAGUGUGUUUAUCUUAUUGGGGAGAAAUUCUGAAUUAAAACAAACAUGAUAUAAAUAUUGCUGUUCGUUGUCAAAUUUGUCAUGAAAAGAUUGAGCAACUUUAUUAAAUGGUUCAACAAACCAGAAUGUACUUAAAAAACCAAGCAUAUAUUUACCAAGUACACAGACCGGGAAAGUAGAAGUGGAAGACAAGAGUAUUGAAGUGAGAGCAUGAGCACCCUCUGCUGGUACAAAAUCAAACGAGAGGUAGACCAAGUGUGUAGGUGAAUAGUUUUUUCAAUGACUGUAGAAAAUAUGGAGGAUGCGACAGCUCCUCAAAAAUGAAGCCAAAACGUCUCUAUCGUCUGUUUUCUACAAUCAUUGUUUUUUUUGUGCCUAAUGAAAUUUUGCCCCGUCUUUGGCCAAACCAGCAACAGAUUUUCUCAGUUUAUAUCCCCCAAAAGUUUUAUGUGAGUUUAUCAAUUUAUAUUGUGAUUUAUUUGAUCUUUUUUUGUAAAGUUUAAUUGUUCAAAUUUUAAAUCAGUUCAUUUUUUUCAUUGUGAUCUAUAAACAGGCAUUGUAAAUGCACACUUUCUUUGUUCAUUACUUCAGGCCUGAUUGCAGG